UUUAGGUUUCAGUCAUACGCAAACGCGGAGAAAAUCAACCUUUCUUUGUUCCUUUGGUUCAGGCUGGAAUACCUUUUUAAUGUAUUAUUACGUGUAGGAUAUAAGCCUACACGUAGUAUAGGAUAUAAGGAUAAAAUCAUUUGAAAAGAGAGAAGAACGCACAAUGAAGAAACGUUAUAUGGAUACGAGCAGGAUGAAAAAAAUGAAAAGGAGUAAAAUAUCAGAGAGGCUUUCUGAAAGUGCUUUUGCAUUUCUGAAGUUCAUGGUGGUCUGGAUUCUGGUUCUUUUGGCCGACUUCAUUUUAGAGUUUCGCUUUGAGUAUCUGUGGCCUUGCUGGCUUUUCUUUGGGAGUGUUUACACCUUUUUCCACGGUCAUGGCCUGGUGGUGUGUGUGGUUUUCGUAUGUGCAGCAUUCACCUUGGAUGUAUUUUGUUUAAUCUUUGUACCUCUGCACUGGCUUUUCUUUGCUGCCAGCACAUAUAUAUGGUUUGAUUACAUAUGGCAUACAGAGAGAGGAUUAUGUUUGUCUACAGUGUCGCUAUGGAUACUGCUUGUUUAUAUUGAAGCAGCUCUCAGGUUUAAAGAUCUGAAAAAUUCCCAUGUGAAUGUGUCUCAUCUAUUUGCAGCACACUGCAUUGGGUACCCAGUAGUUUACUUGGGAUUUGAUGCAACCUGCUACUUCACCAGCAUUGUUAAACUGAGGAUACAGAAAGCUGUGAAAAAAGAAAACAACUUCAACAUGCAAUUACUGCAGCAAGCUCUACCUCCAGGCCUGCAGCUUUUUCCAAGAUAUGAAAUAGACUCUUCUAAAUGGACAGCAAGAUCAGAUUGCACACAAUACCAGUGUCAGAAUGGGGCUGUUCUUACAGAUGUCAAGUACCUGUUAGACUGCCCCCAAAUUGAUUGCAAAGACAAAAAGAAUGACAUGGAGGGUACAAAGCUAAAUGAACAUAAUUUUCAGCCUUCAACUUUCAAAUCAAAUGAGAGUGACAACAAGGAGAACUGCCUGAACAAAAGUCAAACUUGUGAGACAUCUGAAAGUUCUGAAUGUCUACCUCAAGAGGAACAAAGGGCUAAAGUUCAAAGGACUGCUAAAAACACAUCUCCCAAAGUGCGUAAGAUUCCUAACCGUAUCCCAGUGCCUGUUGUUAAAGCAGAGAAAAAACAGAAAAGCUCUACCAAAAACCUUAGUCCUAAUCGGGAGAUGAGUGAACAAAGCCUUUCACCAAAUCAAACCACUCACUCCGAACAGAUACGGAAGCUAGAGCAGGAAGUUAAGAAGUUAAAGACAGACCUCCUGACCAGUAAACAGGGUGAACAAGAGCUUCGCAGUCACUUCUGUAACCUCACAAACAGCGAGCGAAGUCUUCGACCAGAAAUAUCACUGCUUCGACAAGCAAAUGAUCUGCUACAAAACAAAAUUGCUUGUGUCAUUAAGACCAAGCAGAAAGACAAACAGGCAACAGUACUGUUAGAAAAGAAGAUCAGAGCAGAAGUGGAGGCUCGAGCGAUUAUUGAGAAACAGCUGUCUGAUUUAAGAACAAGAAAAAUAGACGAAACUUCUGUAGUAACUCAAGGUUCUCUACUUUUCACAAAUCGGCAGGAACACCCAGAAUCCCUAAAGAAAAAAGUGAAGGAACUUGAGACAGACUGGAAACAACUUCAGCAGGAAUUUCAAGCAAAAGAAAGUCAAAUAAUAAACCUUGAAAAUGAAGUGGAGGUACUUUGCAAAUAUAAAGGCAUUGAACAAGAUAGUGAGGUGUUGCUGUCAGCACUUUCAACCAUGCAAGAUAAGACCCAGCACCUAGAAUACAACCUUAGUGCUGAAACAAGGAUAAAGCUGGACCUCUUCUCUGCUCUUGGAGAUGCACGGCGACAGCUAGAGAUAGCCCAAGGCAAACUAGUGAAACAGGACAAAGAGAUUGGAGAAAUGAAACAGAAGAUUGCUGAAGUAAUGGCUGUCAUGCCAGGCAUCACAUAUGGUGUUCAGCACCCAGUUACACCUCAGUAUUUAACGAAAUUUGUCAAUUCUGAAAACUAUGUGCUUGAUCCCAGUGCAUUAAUGUACCAAUGUCUUAAAAAAUAACCAUUCCAGCUUGUCCGUACUGUGCUGAAACCAGGCUUUGAAUGCAUUACCAGGCCACUGUAUGCAGCCCAGGGUCUAUGUGAGCUAUAAACAAAUGUUUCUGUUAUAGAAUAUAGUCUGGGAGAGGAAAGAGAAGAACCCUUCCAGAGCAGUGUUUCAUUGUCAGUGAAAAUGUGAUAAAGGGUAUGAUUUGCUGUAGUCAGAGGUUCCAAGAAAUUACAUUUUCCUUGCAUAAUGUUUAUAUUCCUAAUAAAUGUUUGUUUAAGAAGAAAAACAUGCUCUCUGACCGUUCAGCAGGUUUUUGCUGGAACAUACAGUACCAAAUGUUGAUGUAAUCACAAUCUUAUAAAACCCUUGAUAAACUUGGAGGUGAUGAUCAUAUCAUAGUUGUGGAUCCAUACGGCUGUAGUGAACACAGUUGUUUUUCAAACAGUUAUUCUGUCUAGCAUUGUGUAGCGAUAAAAAUGAAUAAACGUGAUUACUUUAGCUUGCUCAGAAAGCUUUUUAUUCAAUA